CGAGCAGCCGCAGUAACAGCAGCAGCCCCAAAUGGAUUAAGUUAUAUAAGCCCCCCCUUCCCCCGCCCCGGCUUUUAGAAAGGAGCGGAGGUGGAGUAGGGUGGUCCUCCUCUCGCUGCCUCCCUCUUCCCUUCCCUCCCUCCCGCGCUCUGGCUUUGAUUGUGCCUGUUGUAGCUCAGGUUGAUUGGGAGUGGACGACAGGGGCCUGGCGCAGGCCCAGGCCCAGGGCUGAGGAAAGCUGCUUAGCCCUGCCUGGGUUGCCAUGGAGACGAGCAGGAGGCAGCCGCGGCGGCCUCAGCAGCAGCAGCAGCCGCGGCGGCGAGGCUGUCAGUGAGCGAGCGAGGCAGCGAGCGAGGGGAAUCAGGCGCAGGCAUCCGUGGGGGGCUGCAGGAGGGGAAGGCAGCCGGCGCUGCCGCCGCCGCCAUGGACGUGCACUGCGAUUGUGCCGAGCCCCCCACCACCGCGGUCGGCGAGCAGCCGACGCCAUCGGGCAAGCUCAACAAAACCGCCUUCAAGUUGUUUAAGCGGAGGAAAUCCGGGGGCGCCAUGCCAAGCAUCUUCGGCGUGCGGGGCGGCAAAGGCAAGAGCGGCGAGGGGGGCGGCGGCGGGCAGGCGGGCAUGGUGCGGAGCAAGACCCACGACGGGCUGGCUGAGGCGGUGCUGGAGAGCGGCAAGAAGGAGGAGGAACCCGGCAGCGGCGACGGCGGGGGCGCGGACGACCACUUCGUGGUUGGCGGCGACGGCGGGGCCAAGGAGCCUUCCUCCUCCGCCGCCGCCGCGUCCUCCUGCUCCUCGGCGGCGGUGGGCAAGUCGCACAGCUUCUUCUCGCUUUUGCGGAAAAACGGCCGCUCCGGCGAAGGGGGCAAAGGCGAGAGGCAGAAAGGGCGCGGGGGGCUCAAGGGGCUCUUCAGCAGCAUGCGGUGGCACCGGAGGGACAAACCUGGCGGCAGUGCCAAGGAGGACGAGGCGGGCGAGAGCCCCGAGAGCCAGCCCAGCCUCCUCAUGCCCGGCUCCCUCACCGCCAGCCUGGAGUGCAUCAAAGAGGAGGCGCCGCCACGACCCCCGGCCCCAGCCGUCCUCCCGAGCCCGGCAGGCUCCGUCAGCGGGGACCACCUGCUGGCCCCCCAGGCCGCCACGGAGGCCGCAGUGCCCACCCAAGAGAAGCAGGAGGUGGACGCCCGGCGGGAGCCGCCACAACAGCUCGCUCCACGCAGCCCCCAGGUAGAGGAGCCCCCCAGGAUCCAGUCCCAGGCGAAGGAGAGCCUGCCUGAGCCACCGGUUGGCGGCGAUGGCCAAGCGACCCCGGAGGACUCAGCCAUAACAGGCUGUGGGGACAUUAUUGCCGACCAGGAGGAUGACGUUGGCAGCGGCGGUGGCAGUGGUGGAGGAGGUGGAAGUGACAAGAACGCCUCCGGGGCUGCCAAACCGGGGGCCCCCAAAAAGCCUCCCAGCGUGGUGACUUACCAAGGAGGAGGAGAGGAGAUGGCUAGCCCUGAGCAAGUGGGGGACACUUGCACCCCAGAGUUCUGGGAUAUGCUGUCACAAACGGAGGAAAAGUCACAGGGGACUACAGGAGCCAGAACAGAAUCCCUGGAGGCCUCCAAAGAUGGCAGCUGUGCCAAAAGAAUUCAGGAUGUGCCAACAACUGAGAAGCACAUUGGUUUCAACCAGAUUCCAGCUCACCAUAGCCACAAAGAAGAGCAGAAAAGCAGGGAAAAGGAACAACAAGAGGCUAUCCCCAGCAGUGACGAGGGCUAUUGGGAUUCUACCACGCCUGGACCUGAGGAGGACAAUACCAACAGUAUCCAGAAAGAGGUGAUCCCCAGGGACAGCUACAGUGGAGAUGCUCUCUAUGAUCUAUAUGCUGAUCCAGAUGAAAGCACAGCAGCAGUGACUUCUGCAGAAGACAUUGCCUCUGUGACUUGCUGCAAGCCACUGUCUCCAGUAACUACCACAUGCCCAGUUAAAACCCAUACAACUUCACUCAAGGACUCCAAGAUACCUAUCAGUAUCAAGCAUUUUACAUCUCCACAUGGCAGCCAUGGCCCAGAUGCCAGUAAUAGCCAUCACAUUGCACACCACCAGCCCACCAAAAGUGAGAUCCCUAGAACAAAAAUCCCGGUAUCUAAAGUGCUUGUACACCGGGCCAGUUACCGGAGCUUAGCAGGGACAACAGGUAAAGCAGCCACAUACCAUGAAAGUGCCAAAAAAUAGGAAACAAAGAUGGUCAUGCCAGUCUUCACAGGAACCCAUUAAUAAGCAGUUUGGCAUCAUCUGAAGGAAGACACCUACUAGUGCCCGUUCAAGGGACAUAUGCUUCUGAAUUCCAUUAUAUAUACACACAUGAUUCUUUUGGAGCACUUUUUUAACAUUUGUAUCUGUUUUUCUGAAGCACUAAACAACCACUCGGGAGGCCACUUUUCCAUGCCUUUGGUGGAAACAGGACUUUGAUUAGGAAUAUAAUUAAUAAUGCAAACUUGUGUCAUGAAUUCUUUGAAGAGGACAAAGCUAUGGGAGAGAGAGGACACAGAUGAGUUUUUCAGUAUAUAUAACUUCUGCUUUAAAAAAAUGUUAUGUUUUUGGCCUAUACUAAGAAAUGAUGCUUGUUCUAAUAGUGUGGGAAAAUGUCAAGCAAAAUAAUAAUAAUAAUAAUAAUUACAGCAACAACAAUGAAACUUCAGGUAUGUAACCUGAGGUAUAAAGAGCACCACCAACAGGGAGGAGAUUCAAUUCACGUGUGAAACGUAGCUGAUUAUCAAUGUGGAUUUCUACUAUAAGAAAUAUUUUUGUUUGUCUGUCUGUUUGCUUUGGAUCCGUCCUAAUGUGUGUGGGUAAUGAACACAUCUAUUGAACUCUCAGAUGUUUGCACCAAUAUUUUUCGAAUGCAUAAAAUAAUGAGGUUCAGGGAAUCAUUUUCCUAAAUGUCAGUAUAGAGACAAAUACAACAUUUAUACAAUAAAUUGUUCUUCAUGUAUAGAUAGAUGCAUAUGUUACUCUUAGUGCUACAGUUUUUUAAAUUAAAAAGUCUUUCUGUAUUUACUAGAGUUGAAGCAAAAUUAGUUUUUAUAGCUUGAUAAUUUUACAAUUUUAGAUGUAUGGAUCUUCUUAAAAGUACCGUGAAGCAGAGCAAAAUGUUAUGUGGGCUCUAACACCCCACAGGAUAAACAAAUGUGUUGUGUUGAUCUUACAUGCAUACUAUAGGAGCCAAGGUUUUAACGAUACUUUCAUUGAAAACCUUCGAUUUUCAGGAGUUUCUGAAAAGAGAGCCUUGCUUCAGCCCCAGGCUGUAAAGACAUUUAAAAAAAUAUUUUCAAAAUAUAUAAAUUUAGUUUUGGCUAUUUUGGGGGGAAAGUUUAGAUUUUUUCUAAGUUUUAGGCUUAAAGAUUAUUUUACUUUAAUAAAGAAAGGAAAAUUGGCAAACUAUUAGUCUAUUAAAUUGUUUAAUCACCAUGGACAUAACAUACACGUUAAUGGCCAAUGAAAAUGGGCAGUGGUGCUGAAAAGUAGUUACUGUAUUGACUUCUUUCCAAGGAAGCAGCAUCACAUGAUGUGCCUAAAGACCUAUUUUCAAGAGAGAUUGAAGGAGCCCCAUUGAGGCCUAAUGGGACAACAGUGCUUUUACAAAAUAAAAUAAUAGUAGGAAACCUAAAAAAGAAAAACACCAGGCAAAGCUGCUAUUUCAGUGCAUCUGGAAAAUCAUGCAGAUUUUUAAAAUAUGCUUUAAAAACAAUAUAUAUGAUACGACAUAGAAAAUUUUAAAUUACAGUAAAUAAAUGUAAGUAUACAGAAUGCAAAUAAGAGCAUUAAAGCUGUAUGUUAAUGAGGAAAAGCUAGAAAAUACAAAGGCAGUAAUCUUGUCUACAGCUAGGUUGCUUAAAUUCCAUUGAUUUAAAUUGUAUGUAAGCAGGCUGUGUGCAGAACUACAGCAAAAAAUCAAGAACCAAGAUGUCUGUUUACAAGGGCGCAGUUCCAAACAGCUGCUUUAGAUGCACCCAAGAAUGGGAUUUUUUCAUCUUUUAUUGCUGAGCCACUUAUUACCAGCCCUCAGCAGCAUAUCACAAACUACUUUUGAAAGUCCCUUCCGUUUCAAGAGUGGUUUGUCAUGGAAUGGUGGGAGGGCUGUUGGUUCAAGAAACACAACCUUCAAAUUCCCUUGGACAUGUAUCACUAGGUAAGGGGUUCUGAAGAUCCCUGCCAAGGUUAUUGCUCAGAAUGCUCAGGUUGUAAAGAACUGUGAAACUAGUUCUGUAGUCCUAACAGGGCUUCUACUUAUUUUCUUAAACAGCAGCCCUCAAGCUUUUGAAAAACAGAAGUGGGUUUCAAAAGCAGUUUGAAAUAUUGCAUGUGUGUGCGGGGUAAGUCAUCUGUACACAUAAAAAAGUUCACUGAGCUGAUGCAAGCCCGUUCAAAAGAACUGAAGCACUCUUGGGAUCCAAGUCAGUGAUUUCUUUGGCCUGCAACCAUGAAGCUAUAAUACUCAUACCACUUGAUCCUGGAAUUUAACAUUCAGAAUGCUGUUUUUACGUCGUUUGUAGAUUACACGCAGCUAGGUUGAAGUUGGUCAUGUCUUCCAUUAUCCCAGAGGAGGGAGGCAAAGGUAAAAUCUUAGUCUUUCACUCCAUGUGCUGAUUUUAUUUUGUGUUAGAGCUUGGUAACUGAAUUCUAAGCAUACUUAAUUGGCAAUAAGUUCUGUAGAAAUCGAUGGGUCUCCCAUGUAAAAUACAUGUUUAGAAUCAGAGUGCUUAUGCACUUUAUUUUGUAUACUGUACUUUCUCAGAGUGUAUUUGCAGGUGCACCCAUUCACACAUACAUACUGUACAUAUGCAUGUAUAUUCCUGUGGACACACAUACUGUACAUGCACACACUUCUGAAAUAUGCUAAAGGGCACAUAUGCUUCCAUUCACAGACUAACAGACCAAGGGUAUAUGUACAGCAGAUCUUGUAAAAUCAGUUUGACAGUUAUUUAUCUUUGUCUGAGAAAGUGAUUCACAAUUGACCUGAUUCUGAUUCAGUGUGUGUGUAUGUAUGUAUAUGUAUGUAUAUAUGUGUGUGUGUGUGUGUCUAUAUAUAUAUAUAUAUAUAUAUAUAUAUAUAUAUAUAUAUAUUUGACAUAGAAAUGGAAAAAGUGAUUUGCCUCCCUCUGUUGUAGUCCCUCCCACUGAUGAUUCUGAGACUACACCAGAUUAAAUGGUUUUUCCUUUGUAGCUGUAUUAUUUGGAAAGGAAGGAAUGUAGAGGGCUCAGAAUUUUAAUCUUAGCCCUGCAACAAAACAGUUAUGCUCUGUAUUACACCAGUGAAGUUUAUGCUCUCCUUUUGCAUGCUAUUUAUGCAAAACUAUAAAAAUAUUGCUUGUUUUCAAGGAGCCAUUGUGUAAAAAAGUGCUGCAGGGAACUGAAAGUUGAGCUGGAAAGAGGAUGUGAUAUGCAGGAAUUGUUGAUUGCAGGUCAAAACAGCCGUGCAUCAUCCAAGUGUUACCAUGUUUGCAGUCUUUGUUUUUCUUACAUAUUUUCAUCAUAUGCAUUUUGUUUGCCUGUAGCCUGUAUGUAUUAAGGAACAGUAGAGUUAAUCAUAGAUAAGUUCCCGCUUCCAUUUAUGACUAAGAUGCACCAUUAAAAAAUAUUUUGUCUUUC